AAGAAUUAACAAAAUAACACUUCUAUACUUUAUAUACCCUUAAUGAUUGAAGAUUUAUCAGAUUCAAUUCUCAUCAUAUAUACAAAAAUUAAUUUUCCUUCCACUCUUGCUCUUAGAAGAUUUUCCCUUCCCCGUAUAAAGAAGCUCUCUCUUCGUGCUAGUCAUAACUACUAAGGCUCCAAUUCUCCUCUAUAUAAAUUUCAAGGUCUUAAUUUAUUUUACAAAGUCUAAGUCUUCCCCAACUCACAUUCUAAAGCAAUCUUCUUGCCUCCCAACUAACCCAUUUUCGCUGAUAUUCAAAACACAAAAAACCCAACUUCAAUUUCCCUAUACUCCAUUGUUAGCAACAAAAAUCUCACCCCAAUCCUCUGUUUUCCCCUGUUUUUCUUUGUUUUCCCCUGUUAUUCACUAUUUUCUUAGAAAUUAGAUCAAUGGCUGUUGAUCUUUUUAAAGAUAAUCCUUCAAGUAGAGGAAUAAGUCCAAGAAUUUCAUUUUCUCAUGAUCUUAACAACUCUGAUAUUAUCCCUAUUGAACCUCAUAUUCCAUUAAAAUCUUCUAUUUUUGAUUACGAUUUCGACUUUGGUGUAUCUCAAAGAACUUAUGAACAAGAUUCUUCAUUAGCUGAUGAGUUAUUUGCAAAUGGGGUUAUUCUUCCAAUCCAAAUCAAGAGAAAAAACAUACCCGUUAUCUCAAAAUCAAAAUCUUUUUCUCAAUCUUCAUCAAAUUCUUCAUUUUUACCUCCAUUACCACCUUCCUCUGUUCUUAACAAUGGUGAAUUUGAUAAAGAAACAGAGGAAAAACAGGGGAAUGGAAGUAGUAGUAAUAAUAAUAAAUCAUUUUGGAAAUUUAAAAGGAGUAAAAGUUUGAAUUGUGGAAGUAUUUGUAGAAGAGGAUUAUGCCCUUUACCUAUAUUAUCAAGAAGUAAAUCAACUGGGUCCACAGUUAGUGCUAAAAGAUCAUUAAUUUCAAAAGAUGAAAAACAGAGUAAUUUGAAGAAUUCAAGUUCAUCUUAUCAAAAACCUCCAUUAAAGAGGAAUUAUGGUGGAUCCUCUUUUAAUUCUGGUUUAAUUCAUGUUAGCCCUGUAAUUAAUGUUCCUACAAGCAAGGUUUUUGGGUUUGGUUCAUUAUUCUCCACAAAUAAAGAUAAGAGCAAAAAGAAAUAAGUCAAGCCUUUUUUUUGGUGAUUACUUAAAAGAUAUAUCGAUACACAAAGCGUCUCUGCAAAGCGAAGGUAUUACAAGUGGUCACACACAUGGGUGUUCAAAAUACUUUCUCUAUUUCAUUAUAAUUAUUAUUAGUAGUGACAUUUUUCACACAAUAUGUCAUAAUUGGUGCGAGUUUUUCAUAACAGACUAAAUAUAUAAAUAAUUGGGCUAGCUUGUUUCAAAUAUGAAACUAUGUUAGGCUAACUUGUUUGGUAUGUUCAUUUAUUUUAGUGGGUAAUUUGGGUACUUGAAAUUAAACUAAUGAUUUCAAUUUUUUUAGGGAAAUUUGGGUGGUUCAAAUUAGAAAUAUAGUUAAAAUUUGUUGGGAGAAUUUGGAUGUUUAAAAAUAUGUUUAUAGCAUGUGAUUAGGUGUAGGAAAAGGAGGGUAGAAUGAGGGAUGUUAAUGUGUGAUAAAAUAUUAACACCUCCCACAUGGAAUGAGCAUCAAAAGACAUGUAAGAGAUUGCUUCAUUCUUGGAUAUUUCCUCUUUUUGUUCUUUAUCUUUUAGAUUAUAAAAUUUAAUUGGUAGCUUUUCUCAUUUUUUAUUAUUUGUGAUUUUGAUUUUUGGUUGUGAUUUGAUUUUAAGCUUAGAAUUGUUAAGAAAGUGUGUAUAUCAAGCUAUCUAUGAGAAGUUUUCUUGUUUUAGAUUAUUUUGAUUGCCGCAUUUAAUGUUAUGAUUUAAAUGGAGCUAGGAGUAGUUUUUACUUGUUAUUCAUGUUGUACUACUCUAGUAAUAGGUAGUAUCAAGUUUGAUUUUCUUGACCUUAUUGAAAAUAAAUUGGA